AUGUCGUCAUUAACCAGACUAUUGCAGGAAAAACGAAAAAACGAAGCCUCAAAUUCGUCACCGAGAACUUCUGCUGAUACAUUGACCACAACGCCCGAGUCACAUCCUCUUGACGCUCAGACAAGGAAUAAGAGUAGUAGUCACAUUGCAAGCGAUAGUAACAGCAGCAAUGGAGAACGUAACAGGGCCACUAUGCCAGUUCCUGGAAGCGUUACAACGGUUACACAAAUAUACUCGGAGGAAGAUUCGUCAUCAACGGCCGGUUCUUCACUAGACGAAAGAAAUCAGUUUUCUUCCAGUUUUCUUAAUUCCAAUUUUGCCCACACUGCCUCAUUAUAUGGCACAAGUGCACAAAGUAAAGAUAGAUUUGGGUCUUUGAUAAAUGACCAGGGGGCUGCUGGACUUUCCUCGUAUGGUGGUUCUUCUCUUGCCCCACAAAAUAGAAUCACGAGUAGACUAUCCGCUACUUCACACACUUCGGGAAAGGUCAUUCCUUCAUUGUCUUCRAGUAUUCCUUACUCUGUCCCAAAUUCUAACAAAGACAACAACAGCUCGAAUAGCAACAGCUCCUCUUUGUCUUCAUCAUGGCUCGAAACAUAUGCAGGCGGUUUGCCCAGUAAUAUUUCUGCGAUCGAUUCUAAUGUUAUAUCUUCCCCAAAAGUAGAUAGUGUCGAGCCCCGCUUCAUUAUUUCCAAACAAAAACUUCAGAAAGCAUCGAUGGACAACAACAACAAUACCACUGCUACCCAAGCAAGGUCUAUUUCACGUUCAGGUUCAUUUUCUUCACAACUGGGAAAUCUUUUCUUUUCUAAAAACUCAAAAGAAUCCUCAAACCCAAACUCUGCUGGCAUGACAUACCCCGCCAAUUCUAAUGGUCCAUCCACGAGUAUUAAAAAUUCUAAUGUUGCAAAUGGCUCAACUGCUAUACCUAAACCGAUUCGUGCAAGACAAAGUAGUAUUUAUUCUGUAUCGAGGCAACCAACUGGUUCCUACACAGAUAACUUGUACGGCUCUCCAUCUUCUGUUCAUGACCAUUUACCCCCAAGCCAAAGCGUUCCAAGAUCGCAACAUUCUUCCAUCGGUGAUUUAAAAAGAUUCUUCAAAAAGAGCUCUAGCAGUAAUCUGUCCUCGAACAAUAACAACGCUAUUCCAAAUGGAUCUCCUGUGUCUACCGGGAUGGCUGUUCCAUCGCAUUCUCAUUCAUCAUCUCAUUUUGCAGCAGGAAACUAUCCUUCCUCUAACAGCUAUAAUGGAAAUGGGGACACUAUUUAUUCUCACGCACAUGGUUCUGCUGUUCCGUUUUCAAAGAGAUACGUCAAGACGGGAGAAGAUUUAGGUGCUGGAGCAGGUGGUUCCGUCAAAUUAGUUCAAAGAAUCGUAGAUAACCAAAUUUUUGCAGUAAAGGAAUUUAGAACUAAAUUUGAAAAUGAAUCAAAAAGAGACUAUGUUAAGAAGAUUACCUCUGAGUACUGUAUUGGUACGACUUUAAAUCAUCCCAAUAUUAUUGAGACAAUCGAAAUUGUAUAUGAAAAUGAUAGAAUUUUACAAGUAAUGGAAUACUGUGAAUACGAUUUGUUUGCUAUUGUUAUGAGUAAUAAGAUGUCGUACGAGGAGAUUUGUUGCUGCUUUAAGCAGAUCCUUACUGGUGUGCAAUAUUUGCAUAGUAUCGGCUUAGCUCAUAGAGAUUUAAAGCUAGAUAAUUGUGUUAUAAAUGAAAAAGGUGUGGURAAAUUAAUUGAUUUCGGUGCAGCUGUGGUAUUUUCAUAUCCAUUUUCAAAGAAUCUUGUGGAAGCAAGUGGAAUUGUCGGUAGUGAUCCAUAUUUGGCACCUGAAGUUUGUAUUUUUGCAAAGUAUGAUCCACGUCCCGUAGAUAUUUGGUCUUCAGCAAUUAUCUUCGCCUGCAUGAUAUUAAAGAAAUUUCCAUGGAAAAUCCCUAAAUUGAGAGAUAACUCCUUUAAACUAUUCUGUUCAGGGCGUGAUUGUGACUCCUUGAGUAGCUUGGUAACGAGAACUCCUGAUCCACCUUCUUAUGACGAGUCGCACUCUCCAGAAAAAAAGAAAUCUGAGGGCUCUUCAAAUAAUGUAUCAGAUCCCAAUAAUGUUAAUAUUGGACCACAACGACUAUUGCAUUCAUUGCCAGAAGAAACGCAGCAUAUUAUCAGCCGCAUGAUUGACCUGGCACCUGCAUGUAGAGGAAACAUUGAUGAAAUUAUGGAGGACCCUUGGAUUCGUAGCAUUAGCAUGUGUCGAAUGGUUGAAGAUGGCCUAGCGUUCAAAGUGGUUGAAGGAGAUGACCACCAUCACACGCAAGUUGAUCAAAGUGAAGCGCAUAUUGCAGGUUUAGAAAAGAAAAAGAAAAAGGAUAAACAAAACAACUAG